UGGGAGGAGUUUGUGUUGGAAGCCACAAAACUUUGCGUGUCCUCCUGGGUUUCGACGCCACGCCUCUGCGUUUUCUUCCGCGCGUUGAUUCCAUACCAAACUCAUACUUUGCAUUCCGGAUUAGUCUGCUAAACUCGAUUUUUUUUUUUAACCUGGGAAGUUCCCACUCUCCGAGAAGGAAAGCUCUUCUCCCCGGGCCGGCAGGACUGGAGCGGGCAGAGCUUGCGGCUGCGGUAGCAGGAGCAGGAGCCGUUGGGAGGUGUUUUGACCUGAACCGUCAUCAUUGCGUCGGAGUGGAGUUGCCGUGGAAGCCCUGACGGGGCACAGGAGGAGAGUGGCAAUGGCGAGGUGCUGGCAGACGGGGCAGACCGUGGAUUGGACGGAGACCCUGAAGGGGUGUGGAGUCCAGACAUUGAACAAAGCUUUCAGGAAGCUUUGGCAAUCUACCCACCCUGUGGGAGGAGGAAGAUCAUCCUAUCAGAUGAAGGGAAGAUGUAUGGGCGAAACGAGCUGAUUGCUCGCUACAUAAAACUACGAACAGGGAAGACACGAACGCGCAAACAGGUAUCAAGUCACAUCCAGGUUUUGGCCCGUAAGAGGGUGCGAGAAUACCAGGCAAGCAUCAAGGUCUCUAGUCACCUGCAAGUGUUGGCCAAAAGAAGGUCUCGUGAGAUUCAGUCUAAGCUCAAGGCCAUGAACUUGGACCAGGUGUCCAAAGACAAAGCGCUGCAGACAGUGGCCAACCUGUCGUCUGCUCAGAUUGUGUCUGCGAGUGUCAUGAAACCUCAAACGCCCUUCCCAGCAUCAGUCAGAUUUUGGCCAGGUCCUGUACCGGGACAGGCUGGACAUUCUCAGGACAUUAAGCCCUUUGCACAGCCUCCAUACACAACACUACCAACCCCUGUCCCUGCACCUAUUGGUUAUGAGGCACUGCCGCCCCCUCGCCCUCCAACUAUAGCUCCUCCUGUAUGGCAAGACAGAACCAUUGCCUCAGCGAAACUACGGCUGCUGGAGUAUUCUGCGUUUAUGGAGACCCAGAGAGACAGGGAGACGUACAAACACCUUUUUGUACACAUUGGGCCGUCAAACCCAGGCUACAGCGAUCCUGUGCUGGAGUCCAUAGAUGUGAGGCAGAUUUACGACAAAUUCUCUGAGAAGAAAGGAGGUUUGAAGGAGCUGUAUGAAAAAGGGCCGCACAACGCCUUUUUUCUCGUCAAAUUUUGGGCUGACCUCAGCAGUGACGUCGAGGAAGGUUCUGGCGUGUUCUAUGGAGUGAGCAGCCAGUACAGUGGAACGGAAAAUGUCACCAUCAGUGUUUCUACCAAGGUGUGCUCCUUUGGAAAACAAGUGGUGGAGAAGGUUGAGACAGAAUAUGCACACCUGGAUGGAGGAAAGUACAUGUUUCGAAUUCACCGCUCACCCAUGUGUGAAUACAUGAUCAACUUCAUCCACAAGCUGAAGCACCUGCCAGAAAAAUACAUGAUGAACAGUGUACUAGAGAAUUUCACUAUUCUGCAGGUGGUGUCUAACAGAGAAACUCAGGAGACUCUGCUGUGCAUUGCCUUUGUGUUUGAAGUGUCCACAAGUGAACACGGAGCACAGUACCACGUUUACCGACUGGUUAACGACUAGCGGCAUGUUUUUAUUCAUGCAUGCAGAGACUUUAAAGACUUUUUUUUAUACACUUACAUCUUAAACACUAUGUCCAGCACAAUAUAGCCCCCUACUCCACAGUCAGACCAAUUGUCACAUCUGUUGUUUGCUUAGCGCAUGUUUUUCCAUCCAAACUUCAUAUAAGCCUAUGUAAGACGCUUUUGUCCUACUUUUUAAGUCUUCAACAAUUGGGAAUGCAUCUGCACAAAGUCAUUUCUACUGGAUUCACAGACUUUUUUCCAGCAUUUGCUGCAUAAUCAAGAGUUGUGAGAGAUGAGUUUGAAUGAAUUAAAAACAACAAAAAAGAAUCCGAAGAUAUUAAGCCAGUGUUAAUGUAGCCUGCCACAAGGAUGAUUUGUUUUCUCUAGUUUUUAGUAGUCUGUUAAGGUACAUUUUAAGUGAGCCCUCAGUGGUGUGUUCUUGGUCCAACUUAAUGUGAAGUUGUGGACUUUAGUCAGUUAGAUCAAAGAUCCAAGGAUCAAUUUGCAGAAAAUCUGCCUUUUUCAGAGAACAGUGCACUACAAUUUAAGACAUUCAUGUCGUAUUUAUUUUUGAAAUGAUAAUGUUAAGUGAGAAGAGGAUGGAUUUCUGGUGGUACAUGAUAAUUAAGGGCAUGGAGGGGGGGUCUCUCAUGGGAGUGCCUUAGAUAUCGCCUUGUGUUUGUUUUAAAACAGCAAAAGUGCUCCGGUUAAUUUUAGGCUUUUUAGGAGGGACUGCUUUUAUCACUUAAAGAAACAUUACCUUUUUUUUUUACUCCUUAUCUGGGCUUGCUGCAGUAUUUCUACCUCCCUGUGAGUUGGGAUAAGAAUGUGCUUUGAUUCUUAAAGCCUUAAGCUGAGGAGCACUGAUGUAUAGGAUAUGUACACUACAUUUGUAUUGGUACUGUUGUAUAGGCCAAACAAGAUUAAUACAUGCAUUUUUUUUAAAAAAUACUUUUGUACUUCACUAGCACAGUGUGUUACACUAAACACCAUAAAUGGUGGGUUUGUUUUUUGUUUUUGGGAGCAUACAUGUCAGACCAUAUAGGAUCACCCACAAUGCAUUGGGGGUAGAUUCUUGACUGAAAACACUUGUAAACUAUUCAUCUGACACUAUUAUCUUCCGUUCUUAGCACUACUGGUACAUAUAACUACCAAUUGUUUUAUUUUUUGCGUAAGACAGUCAUUUAAUUUUUACUGUUGAUCAGCCAGAAGUGUUGCAUUUUAUCUUGAAUUUACAGUCUGAGUAUUGGCUUUUUCUUUGGAUAAUUUAAUAUUUUCCUUUAAGUUGUUUCAAUAAAAACAUUUAUAAUAGAAGAUUUCUCUUUUUCUAAAUUCCUGAAAACAAUUUUUUUUAUCAGAAUGGUUAUUUUUCAAAUGAAAAAAAAAAAAUUAAAGACUUGCACCAUGAAAAAACAUGUACAGGAACUCAAAUUCAAAGCAUUGCCUUGCAGUGUUUCUAAAACCUUUGGUCAAAAUGUUGUCCUCGAUGUCUGUAAUGUUAAGGCCAUUUACAAUAUCCCAUAUUUCUUUGAGGGCUGAUACAUAUUUAUUGUGCAGGACUAUGUCUGAAGAAUUUUCUGUUUUAAAAAUGGAUCAUGUGCUAAUUGUUUUUGUGCAAAGUGGAUCUAUGAGACAGUUAAAAAAUACUUUUUGAAAAUGUUUGCCAUGUAUCUUUUCCUGACUUCUUUACUUUUUAUUUUAAUGUUAGAAUCCCUAGGAUGCUUUUUUGAGCCUCUGUUUCUAUCAUUAAAAACUGCAGUGCUUAUUUGUCCUGCUAGAGGGAGCUAUCACCUCAUGUUUACACAUUCACUCCUCUGUAUGUAAAAUAUAAAAAUGCACCUGAUCAUUUUAUAAAACUUAUGUGUACAUCCCAGCCAAUGUUUUCACUUGGAUCGUUCGCUGUCAAGCAUUUUUGCUCCAAUUUGUCGUUGCUCAAAUUUUUUUAAUUUUUUUUUAAAACUGGUCAUCAAUGCAUGUUUGCUGUCAUAUAAUAAUCAUCCUGCAGAAAACGUGGGGGAAAAAACUUGCUGCCAUGUGGUUUUAAGUCCUUUUGUUUAUUGUUUGUACGUGUCAAGUAAUGGUUGACUUUCACUCUUUCAAACAUCAGACAUCUGCCAAGAAAGAGGGUUGGAUCUGUAAAAAGUAAUGACGCAUGCCAAAAACAAUCCCUGGCAAUGGAUAUGAUUCCGUUAAUAUAGUCUGCCAAUGUUUCAAGAGGACAUUAAAACUUGCAGAGCUGCAUUGAUUGAAAUGGGUAAUUAAAGUCUGAAUCUGAGGUCGGCAAAUGUAAUAAACACUACCUUCUCCUA